CGGCGGCAUCGCAGCCACGCGGACUCGAAUUGUGCGAGACCUAGCCCCAAGAAACGGAAAGAUACCCAGUGGGAUCACGAAUCCACGCCCAGAGAUGAUGGCGGACGCCGGGAUCAGCGGCCGCCACCUGACGCGGCUCCGCACGCUCGGCCGCGGCGCGUCGGGCGCCGUCGUGUCGCUGUUCGCGGCGGGCGAGGGCGAGCUCGUGGCCGUCAAGUCGGCCGGCGGCGCGGCGGCGGCGGCGCAGCUGCGGCGCGAGGGCGGGAUCAUGGCCUCGCUCAGCUCCCCGCACGUGCUCCCCUGCCUGGGCUUCCGCGCCGCCGCGGGAGGGGAGUUCCAGCUGCUCCUCGAGUUCGCGCCCGGCGGCUCGCUGGUCGACGCGGUGGGCCGGAACGGGGGCCGCCUGGAGGAGCCCGCCGUGCGGGCGUACGCGGCGGACGUGGCCCGGGGGAUCGCCUACCUCCACGGGGAGGAGGGCGUGGUGCACGGCGACGUCAAGGCGAGGAACGUGGUGAUCGGGGCCGACGGCCGCGCCAUGCUCGCGGACUUCGGGUGCGCGAGGAGGGCGGGGUCCGGGGGCCCGAUCGGCGGCACCCCGGCGUUCAUGGCGCCCGAGGUGGCGCGCGGGGAGGACCAGGGCCCCGCCGCCGACGUCUGGGCGCUGGGGUGCACCGUCAUCGAGAUGGCCACCGGGCGCGCCCCGUGGACGCACGUGGACGACGUGCCCGCCGCGGUGCGCCUGAUCGGGUACACGGACGCCGUGCCGGAGGCGCCGGAGUGGCUGUCGGCCGAGACCAAGGAUUUCCUGGACAAGUGCCUGAGGCGAGAGGCCAGCGAGCGGUGGACGGCGGCGCAGCUGCUGGAGCACCCGUUCUUGGCGUCCGCCGGCGAAGCAGAGGAUGAUGCAAAGCCCAGGUGGGUGUCUCCCAAGAGCACGUUGGAUGCCGCAUUUUGGGAGUUAGAUGAGGAGGAGGAGGAGGAGGAGAUGUCAGAGAGCGCAACAGACAGGAUCAGGGCACUGGCAGGCCCUUGCUCGGCGUUGCCGGACUGGGAAUCCGACGACGAUGGCUGGAUCGAAGUGUCCAGCGGCUACUCCGAACUUCCUAACGCCGCCGCCGCCGCCGUUGCUGGCCAAGAAGUGAGAUUUCCAUCGACGCAGUGUGAAAUUCCCAGCACGGCGGUGGCGACAUCGUCGGAGCAGGCGCCCGUGGCUGCGCCGGCAUCUGAGACGACGAGCUACGGAAUUUUCGGGGGAGGAGACGAAUCGGAGUCUGAGCUUUUUGACGCUGACUCGGACGUUGGCGACGACCCUGUGCACAAUGUAGGAGCUGCGGAUGCUUAUUAUGCGCAUCGGCAACAGCUAGAUGUUUACGCGAAUUUCACCGGUGAUCCGAUUGUACUCCAUCUCGAUAUUUAUGCUGAAGAAAUAGUAAAAAAGUACUUUUUCACGGCCAAAUGGCCCCCUGUUUCCUUUCUUGCUCCUCCUCCUCCUCUGCCCGUCUUCUAGCUCUGUCGCCCCUUCUUCUUUUAUGACUUCCACAACUGGCGGAGUUAGGAACCAUUGAAUACAAGAUCCUUUUAA